AUGCUCAAGGCGGCGCGGAAGAAGCGCAGCAUCGCGAGGUGGAGAGCACUGGAAACGUUCUUCGAGGGCUAUGUACGGCAGCUCGAGAAGAAGAGCCGCGAGGGGGAUCAGGCGGGUUUCUACAGGCACCUGAAGAUGAUCGACGUCGAAGGUAAGAGGUCGUUCACCUCUCAGAACAUCAAGGACGAGGACGGCAAGGUCCUUCGGGACCCCACGUUUAUUCGCCAACGGUGGGCACGGUGGUUCCACAAGCUUCUCAACACCAAGUCGCCGACCAUCGACCUGCAUGCGGCUGACAAGGUCAAGCGGUGGCCCACGUGCGUGCCACUCGACGACAUCCCAUCUCUACUUGAGGUCGAGGAAGCGGUACGGGAAAUGGCCAACAGAAAGGCCGUCGGACUGGACGACCUACCGGCUGAGCUGAUCAAGCUUUUCCUGGACGGAGAUCAAGGUCUCCUCCGCGCGUUCCAUGCCACUGUCGUGGAUGCGUGGCAGACGGGGGACGCACCACAGCAGUGGAAGGAUGCCACAAUCAAAGUGCUGUUCAAGAAGGGGAACACGAUGGAGUGCGGCAACUACCGGGGCAUCUGUCUCGUCGCACACGCCGGCAAGAUGCUGCUUAAGGUCGUCGCUACACGACUGAGCCACUACUGCGAGCGAGAGGGCAUCCUCCCGGAGGAGCAGAGCGGUUUCCGCCCACACCGGUCGACGCUCGACUUGCUGUUCGCCAUCCAGCGGCUCCUGUUCGUGUGA